UUUGUCAGGUAAUCUUAGAAGGUGACGGCUAGAGGGAGAAGGGUGAGCACGAGGGCGAAGGGAACGCAGCCCUCCCAGUUCAGAAAAGCGCCACAGCAACAUCCUCAGAGUCUGAGCGAACUGCGCCCAGCGCGGGCACAGAGCCUCCCACCGCCAGCAACCUGCGGCCGGGAGAAGAGCGAGCGCCGUGACAGCGCCCCACCGCCACCAGUCCCCGGACCACCAUGGCCAAGAACCGCAGGGACAGAAACAGUUGGGGCGGCUUUUCAGAAAAGGGGUAUGAAUGGAGCUCUGAAGAGGAAGAGCCAGUGAAAAAGGCAGGACCAGUCCAAGUCCUCAUUGUCAGAGAUGACCAUUCCUUUGAAUUAGAUGAAACUGCACUAAAUCGGAUCCUUCUCUCAGAGGCUAUCAGGGACAAGGAGGUUGUUGCUGUAUCUGUUGCUGGAGCAUUUAGAAAAGGAAAAUCAUUCCUGAUGGACUUCAUGUUGAGAUACAUGUAUAAGCAGGAAUCAGUUGAUUGGGUUGGAGAUUACAAUGAACCAUUGACUGGCUUUUCGUGGAGAGGUGGGUCUGAACGAGAGACCACGGGAAUCCAGAUAUGGAGUGAAGUCUUCCUUAUCAAUAAACCUGAUGGUAAAAAGGUUGCAGUGCUAUUGAUGGAUACUCAGGGAACCUUUGAUAGUCAGUCAACUUUGAGAGAUUCGGCCACAGUAUUUGCCCUUAGCACAAUGAUCAGCUCAAUACAGGUAUAUAACUUAUCUCAAAAUGUGCAGGAGGAUGAUCUUCAGCACCUUCAGCUUUUCACUGAGUAUGGCAGGCUGGCAAUGGAGGAAACAUUCCUGAAGCCAUUUCAGAGUCUCAUAUUUCUUGUUCGAGACUGGAGUUUCCCAUACGAAUUUUCGUAUGGAGCUGAUGGUGGCUCCAAAUUCUUGGAAAAACGCCUCAAGGUCUCGGGGAACCAGCAUGAAGAACUACAAAAUGUUCGAAAACAUAUCCAUUCCUGUUUCACCAAAAUUUCCUGUUUUCUGCUACCUCAUCCUGGCUUAAAAGUAGCUACCAAUCCAAACUUUGAUGGAAAACUGAAAGAAAUAGAUGAAGAAUUCAUCAAAAACUUGAAAAUACUCAUUCCUUGGCUACUUAGUCCUGAGAGCCUAGACAUUAAAGAGAUCAAUGGGAACAAAAUCACCUGCCGAGGUCUGGUGGAGUACUUCAAGGCUUAUAUAAAGAUCUAUCAAGGUGAAGAAUUACCACAUCCCAAAUCCAUGUUACAGGCCACAGCAGAAGCUAACAAUUUAGCAGCCGUGGCAACUGCCAAGGAUACAUACCAUAAAAAAAUGGAAGAGAUCUGUGGUGGUGACAAACCAUUUCUGGCCCCUAAUGACCUGCAGACGAAACAUCUGGAACUUAAGGAAGAAUCUGUGAAGCUAUUCCGAGGGGUGAAGAAGAUGGGUGGGGAGGAAUUUAGCCGGCGUUACCUGCAACAGUUGGAGAGUGAAAUAGAUGAACUUUACAUCCAGUACAUCAAGCACAAUGAUAGCAAAAAUAUUUUCCAUGCAGCUCGUACCCCAGCCACACUGUUUGUUGUCAUCUUUAUCACGUAUGUGAUUGCUGGUGUGACUGGAUUCAUUGGUUUGGACAUCAUAGCUAGCCUAUGCAAUAUGAUAAUGGGACUGACCCUUAUUACUCUGUGCACCUGGGCAUACAUCCGGUACUCUGGAGAAUACCGAGAGCUGGGUGCUGUAAUAGACCAAGUGGCUGCAGCCUUGUGGGACCAGGCUUUAUACAAGCUUUAUAGUGCAGCAGCAACCCACAGACAUCUGUAUCAUCAAGCUUUUCCUGCACCAAAGUCAGAAUCUACUGAACAAUCAGAAAAGAAGAAAAUUUAAUCCAAAAUUUCAAAAAUACAGGUGUGCAUGACCAAAUUGUCAGUUAAAUAUUGUUUUACAUCUCCAUGCAAACAUUCAAAGUGCUUCCAUCAGAACAGGGUAAAAUAAAUACCAAGCACCUCUGAAGAUUGCAAAAUGGUUUAGUUCCUUUAUUUCAGUGUUUAAUAAGCAGAUGUAUGUAUGCAUGGUUUUAUUUUGUUAACAUGUACAGUUUCCUGAUUUUGUCUUCAAAUAUGCUGUUAUAAUUUAAAGAAUUUGUCUAUUUAUGAUAACAGUACAUG